AUGAGCUUCCCACAAUAAGAUUACUUGGCAAUGCUUAAAGCCAAACCUCCAGUUUAUGCUCCAGUAUAAUAAACUUCAUAAACUCCUAUGAUUUAUCCUAAUCCACAAUUUAUGUAAGCAUCAACCUCUUAUUUACUCUAAUAUAUACCCAAUAUACUUAUUACUAUAAACUCUUAUAAUGUUUUAGACCACCAUUAAUGAACUAUCCACCUUACUACAUGAUGAUGCAAUAAUUGUAAUAAAUGCAGUAGAUGCAACAACUACCACAAAUGGCAUCUAUGAGAAUUCCAAUGAUACCACCUUAACAACCUUAAAUGCAAACAUUACCCUAACCAACUCCACCAAUUUAAAAUUAGGAACAGAAUCCAUCUUAAUAAAUAAUAUCUCAUGACAUUGCUGUUUCUGUAAAAGGGACAAAGGUGAAACUAAAUCUUAAAAUGAUAAAGGAUAUACCUUUGGAAGAGAAUAGCAUUCUAGAUUAUGAUGAAAUCAAAAAGUAAAGUGAAGAUCACAAAUACAUAAAUUUUAAGAGAAAACGUAGACUUAUAGAUCAGUAAGAAGUCCCUUUGAUGUAGACAAGGAGGAGAAGUGAAUAAUCAUAAUGUACCAAUAGAAAAUUAUGUUAAUAGAUUUAGAAAUUCGAGAAAUGUUGAAAGUUGAUGACAAAGACAUGUCCAUUAUUUUAGAAGCCUAUCCUUGUACUAAAAUAUUGCUAUAAGAAUUAAAGAAGGGAAACUUGAAAAAGGAAAUUGAAAAGUUAUUACUCAAAUGA